AUGCGGAUCCCGUCGUCAUUGGGCGAGCGUCAGAAGCUCAAGGUAUUUCUCGCACCGGUAGAGAGCUCCCGAUUCUGCGCUCUCAGGGCGAAACCCACUCUUGCUGUCUAUGCUGAGAAUAGAACUGCAGCCCCAUUCAACGCUUCAGAAGUGCAAGCGGAGACCACGUACACAUUGUUAUUAAGUACCAUUUGCGACCUUAUCGGCUCUGCUGGCUCCAAUCGUGCAGAAGAAAUUGUUCUGGUCAUGCCUCAGCUGCCUGGGAUCACGCUAUUGCAAUUUCUACGCCAAAGUCGACGAGACAAUGGUCGAAGGCUUAGUGAAGAGGAAGGAUGGCGCUUAUUAGCACGUCUGGCUGAGAUACUGCAAACAGUCCAUCAGUCGGGUAUUGUGCACUGUGACUUGAACCUGGAGAACGUGAUGGUUUCACUUGAUCUUUCUCGUGUGUGGCUCAUUGACUUCGGAGCGGCUUACAAUUUGCUGGACGUCCAACAUAACCAGCAAAUGACCGGCACUCCUGGAUUCGUCGCCCCGGAGCGUGUGCUAGAUCCGCUAGUCCCACCCACGCCCAAGACGGACGUCUUCAGUCUCGCUGUAAACUUACCGCGUGAUCAGAACUGCACGCUCUCACGACACAUUUAA